UAAUAUAGAAAUGGAGAAUUGUAGAAAAUUUAGACAAUUCAUUAAAGUGUAAAGAAAAUUAUGAUUAAACAUCACAAUCUCACCACCCAGACACAAUCAAAGACGACUUCCAGUACACAGUAUUAUCUUGACAUUAAAAAAAUAUACAUAUAGAUAGAAAAUUCGGAGAUCUCACUGCAUGUGCUGUUUUGCGCUCUUUUUUCCCCAUCUAACAUUACGUAUAAAAACAUUAUUUUAAAAAGCUGCACGAUGUUCCCCUCGGGGGUGUACCAUACCUUAUUAAUCUUUCCCAUUCAAGCUGUUUCCAAUUUUUCUCAAGUCAAAUAAACUCUAUAACGUACAUACGACUUUUAUCUGGAUCUCUGAUUACCUUCUUCAGAGAAACUCCUAUAAGUUACUGGGGCAAAGGGAGUUAACUUUUGAUUUUUAAUAAUUGUUUCUUAAAUGACAGAAAAUCAAAGCCUUCACCAUCAGAUUUUACUCCACUGAAAGGCUGGGGUGGCUUCCAACCAGUUCGAUUCAACCAUCCCAAAUUCCCUUCUGCCUGCAGCCCGCACUCACGGCUGCGCACAGUCGCCCAAACGCCAGCCUCCUUCCCAGAAGCGAAACUUCACGACACGCCUCCGAAGCACCAUCUCUUUAAAUUUUAAAACAAGGGCCCGGGCCAAUGAAUGUCAAGUUUCUCUCGGAGCUGACCGCCCCGCCCACAGUCACACCCUCCACCAAUCAAGAAGGGGCUUGCUCCACCGCCCUUCCAAUCAGCGUCAAGGAUGGAAGUUGCCUACGUAACACACGUAAGGCAAGCGACCAAUAGGAGCUGACCUUGGGAGUUGGCUCCGCCAAUGGCAGCAGCUCUUGAAGAGCGCGGGAGCGUUUCGAGCAGGGCCCCUGAGGGGAGCAGUGAAUGGCGCCGGCUCCCUGAAGCCCGGGCCUAGGGAAGGGCGGCGCGCGGCGCCAUGGCCUGCUGUCACAACGUGCUGCUGCUGCUGGACACCGCGGGGGGGGCCGCGGGCCGGAGCCCGGGCCGGCGGGCCGCCCUGCGCCUCCUCACGCACCUGAGCUGCCGGUUCGGCCUGGCCAGGGUCCGCUGGACCUUCAAGUUCUUCGACUCGCAGGGGGCGCGGGGCCGACCGUCGCGCGCGUCUGACUUCCGCGAGCUGGGGGCGCGCUCCUGGGAGGACUUCGAGGCGGCGCUGGAGGCCAGGCUCGCAGCCGGCGCCCCCGGCGGCCACCUGCCGGGCCCAGCGCCCAGGGCCGCCCACACGCGCGGAGCCCUGACCGAGGCGCUGCUGGACUACCAGUGGGACCGGCCCGAGCUCUCGUCGCCCGCGAAGCCGGCGCUGCGCAGCCGCGGGAGGAGGCUGCUGGACGUGGAGGGCGAGGCCCGGGAGGCGGCGGGCGCGCUCGGGGGCUUCGCGCACGGGGUCUUCCUGCUGGCGCCCUGCCCGCACUCGCGGAGGGAGCUGCUGCAGUUCGUGGCCGGCAGCGAGGCCCAGGCGCAGCGCCCGCCGCCCGCCCCCGCGCAGGUCCUGGAGCAGCUGCUGCCCAGGAAGCUGCAGGAAGUCAUGGGCGCCCGCAGGGUCACCCUGUACUGGGUGGACACCACCGAGCGGCCGCAGUUGUGGGAGUCCCCAGACCACCUUGGGUACUGGACAAUGUGUGAACUGCUCCACCACGUAGGAGGCACCAUCUUGCCGGCCGACACUUUCAGCCAGGAUGUCACUAAAGCUGGGGAGACACUGCCCAGCAGCAAAAGAAAGCUGUUGUGUGCGCCUCUCCUCUCUUCCUGGAUUUCAGCUCUGCCAGCUGACUCCACUUUAAACUGUUUGCUCUAUAAUUCUCCUGAGUAUGAAGCUUCAUUUCCAUCGAUGGAAGGAACGUUAUUUCUCCCUGUCGAAGGCAAAGAGAUUCAAGAAACAUGGGCAGUCAUCCUAGAGCCCUUGGCCAUGCAUCAGAGACAUUUUCAGAAACCAGUCAGAAUUUUUCUAAAAGGCACAGUGGCCCACUGGUUUCUCCCAAUGAGCAGCACCGUGGGCACUGAUAGCUGGAUGCUGCACAGUCUGGAGGACAGAUCAGCUCAGAGGGUGUUAUUUCAGCAGCUGGUGAGCAGGCUGGCUGCUGAUGAGUUAUACCUGGUUGCCAGUGUGGACCCUGGUGAAGGCUGGUCCCCCAUCACUGGAGUUAUUUCCCCCCUCUCUACCAAUGCUGCAAUUCUCACUGUGUUCCGCACAGAGGAGGCUGAAUUUCAAAGACAUUUUCUCCAAACAGUUGUGGCAGAGAGCCCCCAGGACACAGCUUCCUUUUUUUCUGAUGUGGUGGAUGGAGUAUUCAGUCAGAUUCACAAUUCACUUGGAGAUCCUGCUACUUCUGCUCCUCCUGUUCCGGAGUGGGCCCAGCAGGAGCUCAGCCAAACCGCUCCCUGGAGUGUGGCUGUCAUGGAGAAGUGGUUUUCUUAUUCUAACCUUAGUGGCGCCAGUUCAAAUUUGAUGGAGUCAUUUUGGUUACUACAGGCUGCCUCGUCUAAUAAGGAAGAGUCUUCCAAAACUGAAAGUGAAUUAACACGUUGCCUCUCCGAGCUCUACCAGACAAAGUCUCGUGAAGAAUCCACUGUGUCCAAUCAGGACGAGAGCAAAAAGAAACGAGGCGUCCCUCGUACUCCAGUGAGACAGAAGAUGAACACCAUGUGCCGUUCCUUAAAGAUGCUGAAUGUUGCGAGGCUGAACGUGAAGGCUCAGAAGUUACAUCCAGAUGGCAGUCCAGACGCAGCUGGGGAGAAAGGGAUCCAAAAGACAGCUGGGGGAAGAACAGCAGACAAAUUGGAAAACAGAGGAAGGACACUAAGAAGUUCCAAACCUAAAGAUUUUAAAACUGAGGAGGAGCUACUGUCUUACAUACAUGAAAAUUACCAAAAGACUGUGGCCACAGGAGAAAUGAGGUUGUACUCAGGUGCUCAGAACAUGAUCUCGACCAUUAAAGCCUUCCUCAAGGCCAGAGGUGCCGAGGAGUUAGAAAUGAACUGCUUGAAUCAAGUAAAAAAUAACCUCUUAAAAACUAGCAAAAGUCUUCGACAGAAUCUAGGAAAAAAACUGGAUAAAGAAGAUAAAGUCAGAGAGUGCCAGCUUCAGGUGUUUCUUCGUUUGGAGCUGUGCCUGCAGUGCCCUUCAGCACAUGAAAGCAUAGAUGACAUGGAGCGGAUAGUGGAGGAGGUGGCAGAUUUGCUGCGCAUGGUGUGUUUAACUGAGGAUUCGGCAUACCUGGCAAAGUUUCUGGAGGAAAUUUUGCGAUUGUAUAUUGACUCUAUCCCAAAGACACUCGGAAAUCUUUACAACAGCCUAGGGUUUGCAAUUCCUCCGAAGCUGGCUGGUGUCCUUCCUAUGGAUUUUUUCAGUGAUGACUCCAUGACACAGGAGAGCAAAUCACCCCUUCCUUCUGUGCCUCUUCUGUCAAGUUCGCAUAGAUCAGUGUCGGGUGGCACUGAAUCUGACCAGCUAGAGGACCUUCGUACCAGAUCAGCUAAGAAGAGAAGGAAAAAUGCAUUAAUAAGACAUAAAAGUAUUGCAGACGUUUCACAGAAUCUUCGACAAAUUGAAAUUCCCAAAGUGUCCAAGAGAGCUACAAAAAAUGAGAAUUCUCACCCUACCCUUCAGCAGCCUCCACUCCCAGGGAAAGAUACAGUACAAGAAGUGACCAAAGUUCGAAGAAAUCUCUUCAACCGGGAAAUGAUUUCUCCUUCAAAGAGAUCCGUAAAGCGGGGGUUGCCUAGAAGCCAUUCUGUGUCAGCUGUGGAAGGUCUGGAGGACAACUUCAAGAGGACCAAAGGUUAUCACAAACUGCUGACUAAGAGUGUGGCUGAGACUCCAAUCCAUAAGCAAAUCUCCAGAAGGCUGCUUCAUAGACAAAUCAAGGGCAGAUCCUCUGAUCCUGGUCCUGAUAUUGACGUUGUUGAAGAGUCCCCAGAAAAAGAAGAAAUAAGUUUGAGACGAAGUCCUCGAAUCAAGCAGUUGUCAUUGAGCAGGACAAAUUCUGGUUCCUUCUAUUCUGUGUCUCAGCCAGAGUCCCGAAGUGUGCAAAGAGUUCACUCCUUCCAGCAAGACAAGUUAGACCAAAGAGAAAAUUCUCCAAUCCAAAGUAUUCGGUCUCCCAAGAGCCUUCUUUUCGGGGCAUUGUCUGAGGUGAUCAGUCCCUCAGAGAAGGGUUCAGCUCAAAUUAAAAGGCCUUCAAGAAACACGCUGGGUUCUGAGAUACCUACAGCUUAUCAGACUCCUAAGAAGAGUUACCAGAAAUCUCCAAGCUUUUCUAAAGCAACACCAAGAAGGUUCCCUCGUACACCACAGACUCCAUUGUGCACCCCUGAAAGGCUGCAAAAAUCCCCCACAGAAAAGACACCUGCCAGACAGGUCCUUUUCAAGGAGUCCUCAAAAGACUCCUCGUCACAUGGCUGGGAUUCACCCUCUCAACCAAAAGUCACUCCUCAGAAAGGAGUGGCAGAAGGAGCUGCCUCUCCUCUCGAAAGAGUGCCGAGAACUCCCCACAGGCCAGGAGCUCAGCCACCUGCAUGUCUGCAGAAUUCCGCUUGGCCCCCAUCGGUGAGUUCCGGUCCAGAAAGCACCUCCUGUCCGGCAGUCUCGGCUCCGCCCUCCACCUGGGCCGGGGAUGGGUGUCUGACUCCGGCCCGAUGCUUCCUCAGAACGCCUCCGAGAGCAGCAGCCUCGGGCGUGCGAAGAGAACCUGCCUUCACGGCCACACCUCCAAAUCAGAGACACCAGCGUCGCCCUGUCCCUGGAGCUUCUCAGGCAGAGGGACCAGCACAGACGUGGGAGGAGAGAGCUGUUGAAAGCCCGCAGAGACCAGGGAACACAGCUAUGACUUCUUCCCCACCUAUUUCUCCAGAGAACCGUUCUACCUCUCCUUCGUGGGAUAUUUCCAUGAGUCCAUCUAGGAAAUCUUCAACAGAAUCUCCUCCCCCUAGAGAACUGGAUUGGAAAGAGUCCUGGACAUCACCCAGUGCAGCCAUGUCUCUCGCCCGUCCUGCUCCCUCAACUCCCCGUCAAAUCUCACACAUGGCUAACUCUGACACCGUGCCCCCUCCACCGCCUUCUAAAGUUGGGAAAAGGCAUAGAAAGACCUCUAAUCCUGAAAGAAGCUUCCUGGAGUGCCAGCCUAACACGUCUGUCACUCCUAGGGUUGGCGUAACUGACAGCCCACCUGCCAUUACUGGUGCUGGAAAGGACGAGAAGGAAGUGAACCCCUCUCCUCAGUUUUCUCCUGAAAGACAUGGUUACCCCGGGCGCGGUUUCAGGAAUGGCUGGCAUAUGUCCUCUCCUUUGCUUAUUGCAAGUGACACGGAGUAUCUCACUCUUCUGGACGAAGCUGAGGGUCGUGGCAGUGAUAGCUUGGAGAGUGACGUUUCUCCAGUGGAAGAAGAUGAGGGGUUAAGGAUGGUGGUUGCUGAUGACAAGCCUUCUCUGUCUACCCCUGGGACUCUUCCUUCUCCUGCCUCCCCCGGGCCCAGCUCUCCCCUGAUGCCUUCCUACGACCUGCGCCGUACGGCAGACAGACGGCAGCGCCAGGCUGCCGCACAACUGGAGAACCUGCAGGCUUCAGCUUGGCUCUCGGAAGCCUCUGCCCGCCCACAGACCUACGAGGUGGAGCUGGAGAUGCAAGCUUCCGGCCUUCCCAAGCUUCGAAUUAAGAAGAUCGACCCCAGCCCUUUGUCAGAAGCUGAGCCCCUCAGAAGAGAGGAGAGCUCCCUGGGAGAGGAGCACCCCCACCCUGAGCUCAGCGUGCCCAGGGGCAGCAAGCCCUCAGGCAAACCCGAGACCACCUACGUGUCACCCCCCUGCCUUCACCCCUCGCACAGCACCCCCGGCAAGAGUGGGGGACAAACCUACAUCUGCCAGUCCUGUACCCCGACCCGCUGCCCCUCUAGCACCCCCUCUCCAUUUCAGACAGACAUUGGGGUUCCUUGGACACCAUCUCCCAAACACAGUGGGAAGACAACUCCUGACACGAUUAAAGACUGGCCCCGGAGAAAGAGGGCAGUGGACUGUAGCGGUGGCACCUCCGCGGGGCGGGGUGACAUCAGCACAGACCCUCCUGGGGGCUUGUCACUGCUCCAGCCAGAGGGGAAGGAGCAAGGCCUCGAACUCAGCGUCAACAAGACUCCUGUCCUGGGGGAUUUUGAGCUCGAGGGGGUGUGUCAGCUGCCAGACCAGUCGCCUCCCAGGGACAGUGUGCCUAAGGCUGAGGAAGCCUUCUCCUGGGGACAGUUUGGGUUGGGUUCCAGGAAGAGACUCCUCUCUGCCAAGGAGGAAGCCGAGGGUCAGGCCAAAAGAGUCUGUGACAAGCAGAGAGGAGACUCAGAAGUCAGUAAGAGUGAGGCGAGGUCCCCCAGUGCGAGUGCGCGCCAGCUCCCCUCCAUGGGCGACGACGAGGUGUUUGGUUCAGGUUCCACGCCACCCGCUGGCUGUGCCAUGUGGAGCUGCCUCUCUGCCAGCGGUCUCCAGGCUCUGACCCAGUCUCCGUUGCUGUUCCAGGGGAGGACGCGCUCCUCCCAGUGUAAAGACGCCAGAGAUGAGGAUAUGGAAGUAUUUCCCCCCACGGCAGAAGAAUCUCCUUUCAGCCGAGCGAUCUCCAGGAGACGCCCCAUCAGUAGAACUUACACACGGAAGAAGCUGAUUAGCUAGUCAGGAUGGGACUGGUUGGGGGACUGAACUAGACACUACUGAGCCGUCCAGAGCCACUGCAUUCCCGGGACAGAAGUGCUCUGAGGCGGUUUUCUCUGGAUGUAUCAGGAACUCCAGCCGCAUGCCAUAGAGGAACUCUCAGCAGUGUGCCCAGAAACUCAGUUCAUCUGAGCCAGGGCCCACCGAUCAGCAUCACAUGUAACCCUGGGCUCGCUGCACAGAAACAGGAACGACCAGGGCUUCAUGGAGCAGAGGGUGUUCAAAAGAUGAAGGUGAAGUCAGCCAGGUCCCCAUGGGCAUAAGGAAACUGGGGGCCUGGUCUCAAGCCUCGUUUACCACGGGCAGCUUUCAGAUUCCCACUGGAACGCCUUAGGAUUUUCAAAUUCCCCUCCUGGAAUCUGUCUGCCCCAGGCCCCGCCCUAACCCACCACACCUGCCCACAUUAGGGAGGUGGUCUAGCUGGUGGGACUCAGGCAGCAUGGCAGUCAGGAACCAGAAAAAGAACUGUAAGACCAGGGUCCCACUCCAGCCCUCCCAAACGGUGACCGUGGCAAGUCAGAGGACCACUCUGCCUCACUUGCUAAGUGGGAGAAAGGACCCCAACACGGGUCCCUUGCAGAGCUUCUGUCAGGUGGGGACCCCAAGACAGAGGCAGUGCUUGUAAACUGAAGCACCGUAUACAAAACGACUGUGGCAGGUUUCAGAAUAAAUUUUUUGCAUUCUCUAUGUAACAAUAAAAUCAUCUCUGGUUAUUUCGCA